AUGGGGUACAUCACUAAAGUGGACUGUGAAGGGAAUAAGCCAACAAAAAUAAAACUCUGCACGAGCUUGACAUUUGGACUAAUAUUUCUGAUGAUAACUGCUCUAACCAUUAUCCUGGAACCAAUAUCAAUAACAUCGAGAUAUAUAGCGCGGAUGGACAGUGGGACCUUGAUGCAUGAAGCACUUAAAAGAGAGACAGACAGUGUCCACCUAUCUUUGUAUCUUUUCAACAUUACAAACGCUGAACAGUUCGUCAAUGGAGAAGAUGAGAAGCUGAAGGUUCAGGAAGUCGGACCUUUUACAUACCAGGAAAACCGCACAAAUGAAGACCUAGAGAUAGAUCAUGAAGCGGGGGUGGUACGUUACACCCCCCGGCACAAAGUCACUUUUCUACCCGAGGAGUCCAUUGGUGAUCCUAAAGAUAUCAUUCUCACCCUGCCAAACAUUGCUAUGUUGUCGAUGGCUUCUAAAGUAACGAACUACGGGUACUUUGCAAAAAUGGGCUUUAACAUGUUGGCUAGAAGACUCGAUAGCAACGCAACGGUCACAAUAAAUGCUCACGACUACAUGUGGGGUUUUGAUGAACCUUUAAUCCGGCUUGGGAACCAAAUUAUGCCGGGUUGGAUUAAUUUUGAGAAGCUUGGAUUGUUGGACAGGUUGUAUGACAAUAAAACAUCUAUAAGGCUGGAAGUGAGCAGCAGGGACAGCGAUAAGUUUAUGGUCAAAACUGUAAAUGGUGUUGCUGGGUUGAAGCAGUGGGGUUAUGAAGAGAAUAAAACCAGAUCCAAAUGCAAUAGCUUCACGGAUGCCUACGAAGGUCUAUGUUAUCCACCUGAGUUGGCCCCUACUCGCCGCAUCAGACUCUACCGGAACGUUCUCUGUCGGUUUUUAGACCUGGACUACCACGGCACCACCAAGACAGACUUAGGGUUUGAAGGACUCCUUUACAAGAUCAGUAAUUCGACCUAUAGAAAUAUUCCUGAGAAUCAGUGUUUAUGCAGUAAUGGGAUCUGCCAUGACGGAAUUUCAGAUAUUUCGCCUUGUAUGUAUGGUCUACCGAUUGUUCUAUCUAACGCCCACUUCAUGGACACCGAUCCGAAAAUCUACGAUAGAAUUGAAGGCUUUACACCAAAUGAAGAGGAACAUGGAAGCGAAUUUAUUAUUGAAAAGACUAUAGGCAUGGUGAUGACGACAAGGUUUUCAGUUCAAGUUAACAUCAUGAUGCAGGAUGUGGGCUUCAACUCAAAGAUUAGCCGUUUCUCAGACAUGUUCGUGCCAGUUGGGUACUUCAAAAUUGUACAGCCAAAACUGACAGAAGAAACCCUGCAUUCUUUGCGUCUAAUUCACAUCUACAGUCCCUACCUUCUACUCACAACACAAAUAUUAUUCACGGCCGCUGGUCUUCUAUUAAUAUCACAGUCAGCCAAACUUCUGUAUUAUAACUGGAUAUACGACCGAAGAAAAGGUUUAUCAUUACAUUUACAAUCAAAAGAUACUAAGGAAGCAAGCGCUGAGCCUCUCAUGAGGUGA